UUUCUUCCUUUUGGUUCCAUCGUCAGAUGAUGAUGAUCUUCAUCCUGUUUAAUCUACUUCUCCUGAUUUUGGCUCUGACCUCUCCCGUCGGAGGAGAAUCGCCGACGUGCUUGGCGGUGUACCGCGAAGGCGGCGCGACGGCGGUUUUCCAAUCCCCAAAAUGCCCUCGCUGGAACCUCUCGAAUUUCAAAUCCCAGUCCAAUCGGCGAUUAGAGUCGCGCUCAAUGACGUGUCAGUCGGCUACACUCCAAGGCCGCCGGAAAUCACAGGAGGAUCGCACUCUUUGCGCUGUCGACCUUCGCAUCCCUUUUCCAGGUCCGAAGGGGGUUAAGGAAGUUAAUGUUGGGAUAAUGGCGGUUUUUGAUGGACAUAAUGGUUCGGAAGCUAGUGAAAUGGCAUCUGAGUUGCUGUUGGAGUAUUUUGUGCUGCAUACUUACUUUCUUCUGGAUACUACUUACGCUUUCUUGUCGAGGAAUUUGAUGAAAAGGCUGCCGGAUAAAAUGGAAGAUGCUGCCGGUUUCCAGAAGAUUCAAUACGAGGAUAUUGAUGGCCGAACUCUGAAUAUCGGGAGGUUCAAGGUGACUUUGUCAACUAUUUUAGAUGGAUCUUUACCCUUUGACUUAUUGAGGGAAGCAUUGCUAAGAGCAAUUCAUGACAUUGAUGCAAAGUUUACUAUGGAUGCAGCAAGAUACAACCUGAGUUCCGGCACUACAGCAGCAGUUGUACUCCUAGCAGAAGCUCAAAUUCUAGUUGCUAAUUUAGGUGACUCGAAGGCAUUUUUAUGCUCUGAAGUAUAUCAGUCUCCACCUGAGAAUAAAGCAACUGUAUUUAGGAUCAUCAAGCAGAGAAGGGCUGAGGGUGUUUCUUUAUCUGUAAAUGAACGCAAUCACUUAAAACGAAUGGCGUCUAAUGGAUGGACAGUGUUAAUUGCUAAGGAGCUUACAAAUGAUCACCAUCCUGACAAUGAGGUAGAAAAAUCCCGGGUUGAAUCUGCUGGGGGCAAUAUUUCAAAAUGGGCUGGUGUAGCUCGAGUCAAUGGCCAAUUGGCUGUAACCAGAGCAAUCGGGGACAUUCAUUUUAAAAACUUUGGCGUAAUCUCAGUGCCUGAGGUGACAGAUUGGAAACCUUUGUCUGGCAAUGAAAGUUAUAUUAUUGCUGCAUCGGAUGGUGUCUUUGAAAAGCUUAGCCCCCAAGACAUUUGUGAUAUACUAUGGGAACCCCUUGCUGGCUUCACUAUCCGGGAGAAACUCAAUUCUACGUGUUCAACCUCAUUGGCUGAUUGCAUAGUUAAUGCUGCUUUUGAACAAGGAAGUAUGGAUAAUUUGGCAGCUCUAGUGAUUAACAUGAGAGAAGCUGGUUCCAUUGCGACUUUUGGGGGCAAGAUUUACAGGGAACCUGAUUACUUGGGAGUAGUAGAUGAACGGAAGAUAUAUGUGAACUCAGCUGAUGCCAACACCUCAAUACUCGCAGAACUGCGGCCGCUUCCAGAUGUUACCAAGUUUGAUAGAUUACUGGUUGAAGGAAAACACAACAAUUUUAGAUGCUUUUAUUUAUCCGAGAAUCUUGAUGUAAACGAUGAUUACACAUUUUGGAUCCACAAAGAUGGCCGUGAACCUGUGUCGGAGCAAUUAACUGCUUUAAGUGGUGCACAUCAGUUUACCUGGAGCCGGCCUAUUGAUUUCUACAGUGAUCAGCACACAUGCAUGCACUUUGGGUCAUAUAUUGAUGAUGAGAAAGAUCACUGCAUGAGCUCUGAUGGCUUUGCAAGAUUCCUUGGUUUUCUGGGAUCAAUUCCUUUACACAAUUCUGGUCAAAAUGAGCAUGCGACAUCAGACACAAGGUACAUACUGAAGAAGAAGUUUGAUCGUGGAGCAUAUGGUGAAGUUUGGCUUGCUUUCAAUUGGAACUGUUCUCAAGUUGGUAAGAAUUCCCAAAGGAAGUUUGUAGAAGAAAAUGGUUUCUACAGUAACGAGAGAAGUACUGUGCAUAACGAAAAUGAAGAUACAAAUAUGUUCUUUGAAGAUUGCAAAAGAGGCAAUUCUGAUGAUAACAUGUUCAUUUUGAAGCGUAUAAUGGUUGAAAGAGGAAUUGGUGCUUACUUGAGUGGGUUACGAGAGAAAUAUUUUGGUGAAAUCUUCUUAAAUGCUUCCAAUUCGCUACAAGGUUCAUCACCACCUAGAGAACCAGAUUUCUGGAAAUUGUCACAUUGCAGUACACAUGGCUCUGGAAAUGUAAAUAAAUCGGUUAAUCGGGACACUGAGGACUCCUCAAUUCCAGAAGAUGUGAAUUUUAGGGAAAAAAGAUUGGGUGAAACAGCAUAUGAAGAAGGACUAAAUCACAUUGCUAGAUAUGUUGAAUCUUUUGAAUCACGGUCUAACGAGAUAUGGCUUGUAUUUCAUCAUGAAGGUUUUUCCUUGUCAAAACUUCUGUAUACUGCAGAAGAUGUGGUCAGUGAUGCUGACAAAGAAAGAGGCAAUCAUGGGAAGCGUAUUCAGAUAUUACGUGCUUCAAAAUGGUGGCACUGGUUGAAGACAACAGAAACUGGACAAGAGGAAUUUCGUGAUAUAAUAUGGCAGUUGUUGAUGGCGCUUAAGUCCUGCCAUGAUCGCAACAUCACUCACAGGGAUAUCAAACCUGAAAACAUGGUAAUAUGCUUUGAAGACCCAGACUCGGGAAGCUGCUUGACAUCAACUCCAAAUAGUAGCGAGAACUACACUACUAAAAUGCGCAUUAUUGACUUUGGUAGUGCUGUGAAUGAUUUCACAGUGAAACAUUUCUAUGGAUCUCUUGGACCAUCGAGCAAUGAACAAACGUCAGGGUAUGCUCCCCCGGAAGCUUUUCUGAAUGUCAGCUGGUAUAAGGGGCCUUCAACUGUUACAUCAAAGUAUGAUAUGUGGAGUGUUGGUGUGGUAAUCAUGGAGAUGAUCUUAGGAUCACCAAAUGUUUUUCAAAUAAAUUCUAAAACGCAAGCACUUCUUGAUCAACAGCUCAAAGGUUGGAACGAUAACUUGAAAGAGCUUGCGUACAAGCUUAGAUCAUUGAUGGAAAUGUGCAUCUUAAUCCCUGGAAUUUCCUCAAAGCUCCAUCAGAAUGGGGGUACAAAUAGCCAGAGUUCUAGUUCACCAGUUCCGUGGAAGUGUUCUGAAGAGUAUUUCUCUUAUCUAAUACGGAGUAGAGAUCCUCUUCAAUUAGGAUUUCCAAAUAUAUGGGCUUUGCGUUUAGUACGUGGCUUACUAGAGUGGGAUCCUGAGAGCCGGCUGAGUGUUGAUGAUGCUCUGAGGCAUCCUUACUUUACAUCAGCUUCUUAAGGAUUGGCAAUCCUUAUCAUUGACGUCCUUAUUUUUUGAG